CACCCUCCCUUCACCUCACUCUCCCCCCUUCUUCCCUUCUCACUCUCUCUCUCUCUCUCACAGCAAAACCAGCAGCACUUGCAAACUAGCAUAGAGUUUGUGUUUGCUGGUAGAAAUCAAAAGAGGGAGAAGGAGAAAAAAAACUCCAGAAGAACAAGAUGUUGCUAGGGAAGAGACCUCGUCCUCCAAUGAAGAGAACCACAAGCAUGUCUGAGAUAACCUUGGAUCUGAACACCACCACGGUUGUCACCACCGAUGUUAGAUCCGGUGGCGGCGGCAGUGGUGGGUUCAAUAAUGGGUUAGAUCAGACCAAGGUUUUGGCUCCAGUUCCACCCAGAAACCAUAGAAGGCAUUCCUCUGAUUUCACAGGGACUCCUGAUUUCUUGCGCUCUUGCUGUCUCUGCAGACGCCGUCUCGUACCAGGUCGUGACAUCUACAUGUACAGGGGUGAUAGUGCUUUCUGCAGCCUCGAGUGUCGUCAGCAGCAGAUGAAGCAAGAUGAGAGAAAAGAGAAGCUUUUGGUGGCAUCAGCCAAGAAACAAGUUGUGGCGGCUCCAGCUUCAUCUGGUUCUCAAGUCACCAACACCGCCAGCAAAGGCGAAACAACAGUGGCUGCUUUGUAAAUUAAAAUUCCCAACCCAAGGAUCCAAAUAUGUUCAUAUACCUAUCUAUCCCCUUAGUUUCCCUUGGCCUCACAUCUUUUUGCUUCUUUUUUUUUUCUUCAUCUUUUCACCCUUUUUUUUUUCCUUUGUAGUUUUUACUUUUUACCUUGGUACCUUUUAGGAUAGUGGGAGUGGGUGCGCUUCUUUGCUUACAUGGGCAGGUAAUUUUUGAAUUACCUUGUAGUAAUCUCAUUGGGAUUUUGGAUCCAUAGAUGAAUUGGAAAGCAAAAAUUCUGAAAA